CGCGACACAGCCUCUGCGCCUUCCCCUAACCUCCCUUCCUCUGCACCUUUUGACGCCCGACAUCACAAACUCUCCGAGUCCUACGUCUUCAUCCAUCAACAUGUCGAGAAGGAGCGGUGCUACCAGCGGCACCAACAAGGAUGCCAGCGACAACUCGGUCCCUGCCAAUCCUUCCCAGGAGAAGCAGAUGCGGCUGCUUGCCGCCGACGCCGGCCACUUCUCCCUUGUCAAGGCCAUGCACCUUGCGGACGUGAUCACUGAGCUCAAUGGCUUCUGCGGUAUCAUGUCUAUCUACUCCUCGCUGCGCUACUGCCUCGGCGAUCCGAACGACUUUGGCAACCUUUAUGCCGCAUUGGCUUUCAUGCCUUUUGGCUUGUUCUUCGACUUCAUGGAUGGCAAGGUUGCUAGGUGGAGGAAGAAGGCCUCCAUGAUGGGCCAGGAACUCGACUCUCUGGCUGACCUGAUCUCCUUUGGUGUCGCUCCCUCUGUAUGCGCCUUCGCUCUCGGUAUCCGCACGCCUGUCGACCACCUGCUUCUCUCGUUCUUCGUCCUGUGCGGUCUGUCCCGCCUUGCCCGCUUCAACGUCACGGUCCAGGCUCUCCCCAAAGACGCCACUGGAAAAUCCAAGUACUUUGAAGGCACGCCCAUUCCCACCUCCCUUGGCCUCGAUAGCAUUAUGGGAUACUGGGUUUACAAGGGCUGGGUUCUCGAGGACCUGCCCCUAGGCACGGCUCUUACUGGCACUGCGUUCGAGUUCCACCCGAUCGUCUUCAUGUUUGUCAUUCACGGAUGCCUGAUGGUCAGCAAGACCCUUAAGGUCCCGAAGCCUUGAUUUGAAAUCAUUCGGAUCCAAGUGCAGAAUUUAAGGCUAGAUGGGGACGUGGAGGGUGAUCAACUGGUGGCAGAUCAUGACUAGAGCGGUAGGCUACGAAACGACCGUGUAACGACAUGACGAGCAAGGGCGCAACUGCAGGAUGAGGCUCAAUACAACAUAUAAUAAAUCAAGACUUUGUCGACAUCAGGACAUUGCCCAUCGCAACAUGUUC